AUGGCUGAACCGCCAAAGGAACAGGAGAUUCCCGUUCAUCCUUCAUUCGAGGCGUCUCAAGGUCGUACUGCAGGUGACGAUGUCACCGUUCCGCCCGCCAUCCCAAGCCUGGAAGGAGUCUGCCCCAGAAUGACGGCACAGAUUUUGUCAAAUGCCAUCAGCAGCAUGAACCUCAGAGGAGACGAACCCAGAGCCAAAACGCCGUUGGACUACGCGGUCAUCCUUGACACCCAAAACAAGAUGAUUCGCUCGCGUACCGCUGCACAGGCCGAGAAGGACAUUAUCCAAGACGAGCGGAAGAGAAUCUCGGGCCAGCAAGAGGGCACGUCGACCGCAGGGAUGACUGCGGCGCUCAGCGACAUGGAGCGAGGCUUUGACUGCUAG